UCCCACACGGUUUAUGGUAGAGAAAGACCAAAGAAUAUGUACAACUGGCUCAUACACCCCAAACCCUUCAAAUACUUCCUCCUGCCCAACCCAGAACUCCCCAAACUCCACUACAAAGAAGCAGUAGAGGAGCGCCAUUACCUCUUCCCACACGCCCUUCCACCACAUCUCCAGGAACCGGAGCAAGAACCUCCUCAACACCAACCCGAUUACGAGCCCUAUGCUCAACUCCAUAGCCAUCAAGACAUGGGCCAGGACACCCCCGAACAAAACCAAAACCCUCCACCACCCGACUUCUUUCAACAACUUUUGGAGGGUUAACAACAAUUGCUCACGGGGUACGCCCAAAUGAACGCAAACUACACGGCUAUGGAUAACCGGCUAAAUCAAAUACAGGAGGAGCAAAGAGCCGGUUUUCAGCGAUUGGAGGAGCUCAGGGAAGCCGAUAGACAUCGGUAUGAAGAAGACCAACGUAGGUUCUACGGACCUAUGUACUCUUACAUGGCACAGCAGGGAUCCUUCCAUACCAUGGCAAACCCCCCUCCACCACCCUCGUGGUAUGACCCCACUCAUUGGGGUAACUUUGGAGGAUUUGGCUCCGGGGGUGGAGGGUACGACGGCGGAGAUGGCGGGGACACAUAUAUGGGAGAUGGUGGGCAGGGGAGCGGCUUCGGAGGGAGCUACUACGGCGGAGAAGGCGGGCACUAGGGACAAUGCUUGAUUCAAGUGCGGGGGAGAGACUCAUCAUGGCACUCAUUGUAUCUCUUUGAAGAAUAAGAAGAUUCAGAAAUCAAGGAAGAAGAAAGGAGGAGAAGAGA